GUUAAUCUAUCUAGCUCCCACAAGUUGCAAAGUGGACCCAUCAUCACUCUUUUCUUAGAUUACUCUAUAAAUUUAACUUCAACCUGUCUUGUUUUUUAUAAGGUUGUUUUUUGUUUCUAAUUUAUUUCCUGUUUUGGAACAAACAAGGAUGAACAAAACACGUAGCACUGUCUGUUUGGUCUUACUUCAGAUUUACCUCAGCAUUGUGCUGACAAUUUCAGCACCUGAAACUGCCAUUGUAACACAGGUUCCUGGUUUCAAUGGAACAAUACCUUCCAAGCAUUAUGCUGGGUAUGUGACUGUGGAUGAAAGUCAUGGAAGGAAUUUGUAUUACUAUUUUGUUGAGUCUGAAGGUAAACCUUCUGUGGAUCCAGUUGUUCUUUGGCUUAAUGGUGGACCUGGAUGUUCUAGCUUUGAUGGAUUCAUAUAUGAGCAUGGUCCUUUCAAUUUUGAAGCAGCAAAGACAAAGGGAAGCCUGCCAACUCUGCACCUCAAUCCAUACAGCUGGACCAAGGUUUCCAGUAUUAUAUAUUUGGACUCUCCUGCUGGUGUUGGGUUUUCAUACUCUAAGAAUGAAACUGAUUACAUAACCGGAGACAUAAAGACUGCGUCUGAUACACAUGCCUUUCUCCUUAAGUGGUUUGAACUAUAUCCCGAGUUCCUUUCCAACCCUUUCUUCAUUGCUGGAGAGUCAUAUGCAGGAGUUUAUGUGCCUACUCUUGCCUAUGAAGCAAUGAAAGGGAUUGAUGCUGGUGUGAAGCCGAAACUGAAUUUUAAGGGUUACAUAGUUGGAAAUGGUGUUACAGAUGAACAAAUUGAUGGCAAUGCUCUUGUUCCAUUUGUACAUGGGAUGGGUCUUAUCUCAGAUGAAUUGUUUGAGGAGGUUAACCGCGAGUGUAAUGGGAAUUUCUAUAAUUCACUCAGUGAUAAUUGUACAAACAAGCUUGCAAAAAUUGAUGAGGACAUUGAUGGGUUGAACGUAUAUAACAUUCUAGAACCAUGCUAUCACGGCACAGAGGCAGAUAAGAUUAUCACAUCCUAUAUUAGGUUGCCGUCUAGUUUCCGCGAGUUAGGUGAGACUGAGAAACCUCAUCCCGUGAGGAAAAGAAUGUUCGGUCGCGCUUGGCCCCUUAGAGCACCUGUGAGAGAUGGCAACGUACCAACAUGGCCACAACUUAUCAAUAGCAACAAUGUUCCAUGCACAGAUGGCUCUGUUGCAAAUGCAUGGUUGAACAAUGAAGAAGUUAGGAAAGCAAUUCACACUGCAGAGAAAAGUGUGGUCAGUAGUUGGGAUUUAUGCACAGACAAAAUUUCCUUCGAUCAUGAUGCUGGAAGCAUGAUAAAAUACCACAAGAACCUAACUUCCAGAGGAUAUCGAGCUCUUAUAUUCAGUGGUGAUCAUGACAUGUGUGUUCCAUUUACUGGGAGUCAAGCAUGGACGAGAUCAAUUGGAUACAAGAUUGUUGAUGAAUGGAGGCCAUGGUUAUCCAAUGGUCAAGUUGUUGGGUAUACUCAAGGAUAUGACCAUAAUCUUACUUUUCUGACCAUAAAGGGAGCUGGACAUACUGUUCCAGAAUACAAACCACAAGAGGCAUUGGAUUUUUAUAAACGUUUUCUGGCUGGAUCCCCAAUAUGAGACAGUGAUACUGCUAUGGAUAUUCCAUGAACUAUAUAGAUGAUUUGUGGGUAUAUGUAUAUGUUGACAUUAUAUUAUUAUAUCUGUAUACUAUGUUUACCUCUCUAAUUUAUUGCUAGAUUUAAUUGUUUCCAAAUUUUCAUGUUUGAA